AUGGCCGAGUGGUCUAAGGCGCCAGACUCAAGUUCUGGUCCUCUAACGAGGGCGUGGGUUCAAAUCCCACUUCUGACAUUUGUUUUGACUAGCUCUGGACUAUCUCUGAAAGGUCAUUCGAUUGAGGCCCAGAUUUCCUCUAUAAAUACAAAGCACAACUCCUCGAGUUCUGGGUGUAGUAACCAGGCUGCUACUUACAGUAACUGUGGGUGUACUAAUGUAGCCAGCGAUUUGCAUGGAGGAUAUCAGUUUGUAUACCAAGGACAAACUGCUGCUGCUUAUAAUGCUGCUAAUUGUGAUGGCGUAGCACAUACUCGCUUUACUAGCAGUGUAAGCGGCUGCACCGCGUUUGGCUGGAACAGCUUCUUCAUUCAGUGCUGA